UCGUGACAGCCGCGCGAACGCUACAGACGACGAAAACAAAAAAAUAAAAAUAAAAAUUAAUAUGCAGCGUCGUGUUUGCCGUUGGACAAAUUUGGAGAUUUCACGCCACUUCCAACUCGAAGAAACAGCUUGCGUUUCCUCUUUGGCCAGAGAUGGAGGUGAAGAGGUCACAAACCAGGGUCUCGCUGGCGGGAAGAGGCGGCGCCAUCGUGAAGGGCCCGGCGUCACGACCAUUCCGCAUGGCACGGAUCCACUGAGAAUGACGGCGCACCUUCUUGGAACCGCAUCUGACAUCCAGUUGAAAGCGGCCUGACCCGCAUAAGUGUCGACAUGUUCCCCCUCCGCUGUGUGGCUUGGCGGCCCCUCACAGCACGGCGCGCCACGUCCAACCCCGAGGCUCUGAUCUCUGACACCCGCUGAGCCGGAUCAGCUGCCACGUACCUGAGAGGACUUGAGGCACGCUGGAAACUGAAUCGCACGCUGCACGGUCCUGCAGGACAGAUGGAACACAUCCAGAACCAGAACUCCACCCGGGGCUUGUCCAGCCUCGCCGUCUCCCGCUGGGAGGCCACGCCACGGCUGUCGUCAUACGACAAUGACGUCAUCAUGGCGCUGGGCGUCUCGACCUUUGCCCUGCAGCUGUGUUUGGCUCUCCUCGUCAUGCGGAGAUGCGUGAAUCUGGACAAGAAAGCCAGACGGGCGCUGGAGCACCCGCAGACUCUGCAGAAAGUCCAGAUUGAUCCCUCGUCGUGCCAUCCAGAUGUUUGCAAACAGACGCCAAACCCGCGUCAUGACAACUGUUUAUUAUCGGCGGCUGAAGAAGGAUCCUACACGGGGGCAACGGGCAAAAACUGCCUCUUCGGACCUUCCGUACCCUGGGACCUGGUUCAGUACUGAAAAAGGGGAAAUUUCACAAAGUUCAAAGGACGUUAAAGUUGGAGGAAACACAGAUACUCUUAAGUUGUCAGUGAAAUUGUUGUAUAUUAGAAAGCAAAGUGUAAUUACCUGCUCAUGACAUGAUAAUGUGUUUAGUCACAUAAGGUUAAGGUCUAUAGCCAAACUCAAAUAUGCUUUAUGGGAUUAUAAACUGAGAACUUUAUUGACUACUUGUCCAAAAUGUUGUUUUUUUUUCCUUCCAAUGUACAGGUCAGUAUGUUACCAUUGAAAGUUGUCUUAUAUAUCAUAAUAUAAAUCUCAUGAAAAGGUCUGAAUUGUUAUUCACUCGCUGGCCACUAUCAAGAAAAAUUAUUGUGUAAUUUUAUGUCGCGAUGACUUUUGUGCGUGUAGUUCCAGGAAUCGCCAGCGAGCGGUGGUAAACGCACCAAAUAUCCUAAAAUGGAGGCAGUCCUGUGAGCGAAGAAGACCGACACUGCAAAACAUCGCAAAGAAAUGAAUCUACCAAUGCUUUUCAGCUUGGAAAUGUAGCUUUUAAGUGCAAUUUCUUUUAGCGUUAGUAUGUUUAGAAGUUGUGCAUUUAUUCCUGGAUAGCCGGACCAGAUUUCAUGUCAACAGAACCGUUUGUCAUUGCAGUGUUGGCGGCUAGCUAUGGUGAUUGUUAGCAACUUUUGAACAAGAUGGACACGUGUCUUUUCGCGACGGCUCACCAAGGUAGGCCAUUACCUGCGUCCUCGCUCCGUCUACUGGUGCCACCUGUGCAGCUCCUUUCUGCCUCCAUGUGGCAGAGGAUAAAGGAACGAGAUGUCACAGACUACUGGGAGGUGGCUGACUUUGUGGGUUUGGUGUUGGGGAUGGUCCCGGAGCUGCUCACCUGCAAGCACAGGUUGCAGCUCGACCUGGGCUUAAGAGCCAGGUAUAUCCUUGAAUUAUGCCGACGUGAACAUCUUUUUGAAUCUGGCUUGAUCCUGUCCCACAUGGACAAGAUUAAACAUAAAGCCUUUGCGGUAGAUGUGAAUGGAGAACAGGAAGCCAUAGUUCACUUUCUGGAGUUAAUCCAGGUUCUUCUCAAGGAUCCUAAAGAGCGAGAACAUUUCUUUGCAGACGUCUUCCCUACUCUGUACGGAUUAGAGUAUGACAUGGAUUUACAGUCACUAUUUUGGAAGUUCCUCUGCCGCCUGGGAAAGUUGUUACCGGUUCCUGACCUCAAACAGACUGUUUACUGGCUCGGGGCUUCAGUGUCAGGCGCCUGCGUGGAUUUACGAGCUGAAACUGAAGACCUGAAGGUUUUGCUCCAGCACCACAAACAUCUCAGACCAUUAGAGCAACACGAUCCAACAGCAGGCGUGGGGGACAUCGUGCUGGCUUCGCUCUCUGCAUUUCCUUCUCGCGAAAUGGCGAAAGCUGAAGAGCAAUCUAACCAUUCCGGCCCGGAUGACGGGAGUCACGUCGGGGGAACCGCAGAGGAUGAAGUGGCUGUGGAGGUCAUAGCAGAGGUUGAAGACGAGGAGCUUCACCUGAUGGCAGAAAAUGUCAUUUUCAUUUUGGAAGAUAACGGUUGGGUUGAACGAGCCGAAGGGACGACGACCGACGCGGACGCAGGUAAAGCCGAGAAAGGGAUGGAUGAAAAGGGAAGGGGUCUCACGAGUAUGCACCAGGCGGACGUUCACCAAGACGACGACUCAUCCAUGAAGGCCGGGCCCUCGUCGAAACCUCACGAAUGUGCGGACUGCGGCAAGAAAUUCAAGUAUGCCUCCAUCCUCACGGCCCACAGGGUCAUCCACACGGGGGAGAGACCCCACGGCUGCCCCGAUUGCGGCCGCCGCUUCUCUUUCCGCCAGGCCCUGGAACGGCACAGGAAAAUCCACCAAAUGGAACGCGGGUACGAUUGCAUCAUCUGCGGGGAGAUUUUUACGUCUCCGUCGGCAUGCACCGAGCACAGGCAAACGCACGCGGAGGACGACAGCUACGAGUGCCCGCACUGCGAGAAGAAAUUCGCCUGGUUGACAGCGCUAUUGAGGCACCUGAAGAGUCAGCACGCGAAGUCAGCGGGCGUCGGGAGCGACGCCGACGAUGCGGCGGGAGAGGCACCCCCUGAAAACGUCAAGGAGGUCGUUGCCCUCGCCGCCGUCCGCACCGGCCGACGCCAACGAAAACCAACCAUGAAGAUGGAAGCCAUGGACUUGCAGAAACGCACGAAGAGCAAGAGAAAGCAAGAAGACAUCGCGGAGAGGCCACCUGCCUUGGAGCAGGCGGCCUUCAGUUGUUCCGAGCAUUCAUACGGGUCACCCUUGGUCGUACUGAAAGAUCCUGAUGAAAAUUGCGCGGCCGACGGCGCUUCGUCCCGUCCGGAGCGCCCCGUCCAGCACGUGAAGCGCCUUUGCUGGCAGGACGACGAGACGGCCCUCGCCGCUGGCGACUGCAAGUUUGGUUUCAACUGCCCGGACUGCGACCAGAGCUUCAACUUAAUGUCGGCGCUCGAGUCGCACGAGUGCGUCCACGCAGGUGAGCAGCCUUUCCUCUGCUCUGAUUCCGGGCGACGUUUCUCCUUCGAGCAAUCCCUGGAGAUGCACAAGCAGACGCACGCGUACGAGCCCGCCCUCCACGGCGAGUUCACCGAAUCCGCCGCGCACAACACUUUGCCGGAGAGACGUACGGAGACUCCCGGCGAGAAAGCGGACGAGGUGGCGAGUCCAAUAAAAUGUCCCCAGUGCGGGCGGAGCUUUAGCUGCGCCAGGUACCUCACCAGGCACCUCUGCACCCGCCGGGUGGAGCGAGCGCACGCCUGCAGCUGCGGCAAGAGCUUCGCCCAGCGGGGGGCGCUCACGGCGCACCGCCGCACCCACCAGAAAGACCGGCCGCACGUUUGCGAGCGGUGCGGCAAGGGCUUCCUCUACAAAGGCGGCCUGGCCAACCACAUGAAGAUCCACUCGUCGGAGAUGCCCUUCCUGUGCGCGUUCUGCGGGAAGUGUUUCAAGCGGGAGCGCAACUUGAAGAAGCACGAGCGCUGCCACACCAGGGAGAACGUCUACAGCUGCUCGCAGUGCGACAAGAGUUUUGUGUACAAGGCCACGCUGGUCAGACACGAGCUGACCCACUCGGGCGAGAGGCCGUACCUGUGCUCGGACUGCGGGAAGAGGUUCUUUUCCCACGCCGAGCUGCUCAAGCACGAGCGCUUCCACACGGGCCACAAGCCCUUCAAGUGCCCGCACUGCGCGAAGACGUUCACCCAGUCGUGCUACCUGACCGUUCACCUGCGCUACCACACGGGCGCGCGGCCUUACUCGUGCGCGGAAUGCAACAAGGGCUUCCUCAGCGCCAACCGCCUGAAACGGCACACGCUGACCCACACGGGAGAGAAGCCCUUCCCCUGCGAGGCUUGCGGCAAGUUAUUCAGGCAGUCGUAUCACCUCAAAGUGCAUCAACGGACGCACGACAAGAUCAUGUGAAGACAAACUUUUCCAAAAAAAAAAAAGGGAAUCCCACCGCUUCACUUUUUCCACAUUUUGUUUUUUGCCUCAUUCCAAAACUGAUUUCAAAUUCCUCUUGAAAUUCUCCACACAAGACUACAUAGCGAGGUUUUAGUUUUCAUCCUCGCCGUUUGUCGUUCCCCCCCAUAAUCUCGUCGUUGGGUGUUGCGUGUGGAAUGGAGUCCAUAACAAAUGCGGAAAAGGUGAACUGCUGCAAAUACUUUCACAUACUCAACAAGUCGUGAGUCUUCAAACGGGGAAGUGGCCACCGAGUUUUGAGAGUCACCAGCGUGUUGCGACAGAGCCACCCAAAGACUCCCGGCAAAGGCGAAAAUGGACGCGGGGACCGUUGCAGAUUGCGAAUUCUGAUGCUCAGCUUCCUGUUGGAGAAGAGAAAGUACUGAAACUAAAACGAUUGCACGUGUUUUCAAAAGUUCAGAGGUCAAAAUCAUGUUCAAUGA